CUUGCAGGUAAUAUCAAUCAACCAAAGCUGCAUACACCUUUAGCACGGAUAUUCUAAAUUCACAACAUACUAUUAUAUCGUAUUAGGUAUCUACUUAAGGUAUUCCUCGGCUUAUUAUUUAUGGCCUUUCUAUAGUUAACUGUGUUCGGUUGUAACUAAGCUCAAUAUGCCUACCUCCAUGCACGACUUAGCUAUGGACUUCCAAAGUGCCGGACCUUUACUUAUUGCUGUAAUAAUAGUAUUAAUAUCCUACUUGGUAUCUAUUGUCGCAUUUGGCACAGAUAUUCCCCGUAUCAGGGGGAUACCAGAAAUUCCCGGCGCAGUUCCAAUCUUCGGCCACCUUCUUAGGCUUGGCGAGGAUCAUGCCAGCGUCUGCGAGAAAUGGUGGCGUCAAUAUAACUAUUCCAUUUUUCAGAUCAAAUUGGGGAAUACUCGCGCCGUAGUCGUGAAUUCUUUCGAUGACUGCAAGAAGAUGUUGGUGGGCCAUCAGAACGCAGUAAUUGACCGGCCAAAGCUGUAUACAUUCCACGGGCUCAUUAGUAGUACCCAAGGUUUCACGAUCGGCUCCUCGCCUUGGGAUGACAGUUGUAACAGGAAGCGCAAAGCUGCGGGGACAGCGCUGAGUAGGCCUGCCUUAAGAGGAUACCAUCCUAUGUUUGACUUGGAAAGCUACUGUAUCUUGAGGGAUCUCUAUAAGAGCAGCCAAAACGGGGAGGUUGAGAUCAGUGUGAGACCAUACAUCCAGAGAUAUGCUCUUAACACGACACUGACCCUCUGUUAUGGCAUUCGCAUGGACGCCGUUUAUGACGAUCUCCUACGCGAGAUUCUUUCCGUUGGUUCGGCCAUCUCACUCUUGCGCAGCGCAUCUGAAAAUAUGCAAGACUACGUCCCGAUUCUACGAUACUUCCCGAACAAUGAGAAGAGUGCUCGAUCUAAGGAACUGCGGGAACGACGCGACGCGUACUUGAAACUUCUCUUGGACAAGGUCCGGGAAAUGAUAAAGCGAGGCACCGACAAGCCUUGUAUCUCUGCCGCUAUUUUGAAAGACGAGGAGACGAAGCUUACCGGAGUAGAGGUCUCGUCAAUCUGCCUAUCUCUAGUCUCGGGUGGUUUCGAGACCAUCCCCGGAACGUUGACUUCUGCAAUCGGAUCCUUGUCGACCAAGGAAGGACAGGUUUGGCAGGACCGCGCAUACGAAGACAUCAAGCGACAUUAUCCAGAUAUCCAUGAUGCCUGGACGGACUGCUACGUACAAGAGAAGGUCCCAUAUAUCAACGCGAUUAUUAAGGAGGCAGGGCGAUACUACACCGUCAGCGCUAUGAGUCUUCCGCGGAAGACAGUAACGGAGGUGAAUUGGAAUGGUGCUAUCAUCCCCCCUAAGACGAUGAUCUUAAUCAACGCCCAAGCAGGGAAUCAUGAUAUCGACCAUUUUGGCGCUAGUGCUGGGAAAUUCAACCCUGAGAGAUGGCUUAAGAGCCUCGACCCGCCUACAGAGCACGAAUCUACCGGCCUCAGCCACUUGAGCUUUGGAGCCGGGGCUCGCGCUUGUUCCGGCCAAUAUAUCGCAUCUCGACUCUUGUACGCAGCUCUAGUUCGCCUUAUCUCAUCCUAUAGGGUUGAAGCAAGCGAAACGGAGGCUCCUAACACGGACUAUGUGGACUACAACGCUAUAAAAUCGGCACUGGUUGCAAUUCCUAGGGACUUCAAGGUUAGGCUCGUCCCUAGGGACACGACUGUCACAAGGGAUUGUCUAGACGCGGCUGAACGUAGGACUGAGGGGUAUUAUAAGGGGUAGGGGAUGAAGGAUAUCCUCGACGGCAAGUUAAUUCUGAUGCUUAGUAACUAUACAUGUACGGCCCUUCUAUUAUUCUUAAUCAAUGUAUUACGUUAGUGGCGUCCGAGACGAUUAUAUGAUUCGUUACUAGACCAUGUAAAUACCUACCUAAUGUACCUAGACCUAUUUGG